AUGUCAUACUUCUCCAACAUUACCUAUUCGCGUGUACUGGUCCGUCAUCACUGGCUUGUACUAUGUUUCGUGGUCUUCAUCUGCGUUAUUCUAACACUUGUUGGUCUGGUUUUUACUCAACUACCAGAUUUUUCCGAUCCACGAAUGGGAUGGGGCGCGCGUGGAAAAGGAACGAUCUUUUCUCAAUUAAUGGUUCUACGUCAUGCAUCAGAAAGAUUUCGUCUCGCCUAUGAAUUACCAUUAGAUACCAACGAAUUAUUCGGUGCAUUUGGUCAGUUUUAUAAUAUCACUGUUGAAAAUCUCGAUGAAAACACGUAUCGGUCUGAUAUUCUUGCCAAAUAUGAUCUGUGGAGAAAGAAAAGUGUCAAUUCUCAAUCGGAUCAGUUAUUUGACUAUGGAAGUUUGAAUGAAACGUUCUACGAUGUCGAUCAAGAAGGAGAUGAUGAUAGUCCUGAUUACGAUGAAGAUGAUGAGAACGAGAAAGACGGUUCGCAAGCAGCCUCAAUCUACAAAUGGCACCGUAACCGACAUUUUGAUAUUAAAAAUUCCAUAUUUAAAUAUGUAGAUGAUAAAAUAAUCAAUAUUUCUGUAUUAGAUUUCGUCCGAAAUCUUCCACAGUUCAAUCGAACAAAUUACCAAUCGGCUCGUUUAUCAUUCGAUCUUUUCCGACCAUAUGCUUUUCUACUCGAAGAAAAAUAUCGCGGUCGAGCAGGUCGUGAUGGUAUGAUCGAAUUUUACAUGGAACGCAUUGAUCCAACUGCUGAUCUACUAUCACUUGAAUAUCUACAAUCCAUUUGUCAAUGGGAAAAGAAAUUUAAACAUCUUCUCUCACUUGAUGACACUCCAAGCUUAUCCUUAUCGACAUUUGUUGCUCUAUAUUCAUCGAAAACUGACUGUCAAUUAAUCACAACAGACGAUGUCGAACACUUUCGUUCGAUACUUCAUACAUGUCUACCAUAUUAUAUCGAUGGUUAUAUGGACAUUCCAUUGAGUGAUGAAUUUCUCAAUCGUGUCGUGAUCGAACAUCAUCCUGGUUAUUCGACUCAUCAAGAACAAAUCAAAGCCAUCUAUCCUGCCUUGAGACAUAUAUGCUUUUAUAAGAAUAUCACUCGAUUCAUCUUCGAUCAUUUCGUUGAUGAACAAUUCAUUCAAAGUUUUCAACAAUCGAAAGUGAACGCUAAAGUAUCGAUAUCGAUGAUCUACAUAACCAAUUAUAAAAUAAGUAAAUACAAUCGUACACGUGAUCAAACGAUGUGUUUAAGACGACAACCAUUCUCAAGAAGAUAUUGCUACGAACGUGGUUGUAUCGAUGAUUAUAGAAACAAUUUCACUACGAAAUCAUGCGUCGAUCAAGGUCCACCGAAUGGUAAUUGUGAGAAGUACUGUCAUUGUAAAUAUGAAUGCAUCAAUCAAACGGAAGAAGUGAUUUUGUUAACGCCAAAGUUAAAAGAGAAGGAAUUAGUUGGUAUAGCUGGAAAAUAUUUUGGUGGAAAGCGAAAAUUAUCAGCAUAUAAGGAUCGAUUUAUCAAGCUAAUUGCAUUUAAUUUAGCCAAUGUAAGAGAAAAAGCAGCUAUGGCACAAAUACACAAAGAUAUGUUACUUGUUCUUAUGGCUGCAAUCUUAAUUGUUGGAAUAACAGUUCUCUAUCUCCGAAGUAUAACUAUUGCUUUGAUUAUCGUCAUUGGUGCUAUUUUAUCACUUGGCGUCAGUUACUUUGUUUAUCGAGUAAUUUACCGUAUACCGAUAUUUCCGUAUAUGAAUUUAAUGUCAGCAUUUAUCUUGAUUGGCAUUGGUUGUGAUGAUAUUUUUGUCUUUUUCGAUACAUGGGAACAAGAAAAGGCGACAUGGUUGAAACAACAUCAAGAAAAACUCACGUCCGAUAAUUCAGACAUACCGUUGAAUGCUCCAUCUAAUCAUGAAAUUCUCUCAUCAAAUCAAAAAAUAAAACCAAGUAAAUCGAAAAGGCCUUUGAAUGCAUUUCAAUUUCGUCAUCGUACUCGUUUGUACCAUGAAACCGAAGAAAUCCGAAAAAGUCUCUUAAAUGAAGCCGCACUCAUCGAAAUCAUGUCCAAUACAUUGAAACAUGCUGCAUCAUCCAUGUUUGUCACUUCGUUCACAACAUCGGCAGCUUUCUUUACGAACAUGUUAACAAACAUCUCGUUUGUUCAAGUUUUCGGUGUUUAUACUGGAACAUGUAUUUUACUUUACUUUUUUAUCACAGUCACUGCCAUUGCUGCAUUUGCAGUUAUUUAUGAGAAACAUAUUCUUGAUAUACUCUCUCGUUUGGUAUCUAUAUGCUCGAAAAAGACUAAUCAAACAUCAACAACGACUCAUCCACCCGUGACAUUCUAUCGCCGUUUUGCGCUGUAUUGCAAAGAUAUUCGAAUUUACAUUUUUGCCCAUCUUAUUCCGCAAAUUGUAAUUAAACUACGUUAUUUGUUAGUACCAUUAUUUCUAUGUCUCGGCGUGUUAGGUCUCAUCGGAGUUUUCUAUUAUCCGAAAUUGCAAGUUCCAACGACUCAAAAAGUCAUCUUCUUUCUACAAGGCAAUCCAAUGGAAAACUACGAGUUUGGAAUGAAACAUAAAUUCAAUGGUUAUAUAAAAGAUGAACGUCGUCUAUUUGCUUAUCCACGCGUUUCAUUCAUAUUUGGCAUACGUGAUAUUGACGAUGGUUACGUAUUCGAUAUGAAUGACCGCGGCAAGCUUCAUCUAAUGCCAGUUUAUUUGAAUCAACAACGAACACAACAAUUUUUCAAACGAUUUAUUACACAUUUAGGAACGCGUAAAGAUCUGUUUUCCUCAACCUAUGAUCUAGAAAAAGAUUUCGACGCAUUCAAUCAACUGACCACAGAUAGUAUACUGAUCGAGAAAAUAGCUGAUGAUCGAGCACGAUUGAAUACUUCGCAAACGAAUCAUAUCGAUAUGAUUAAAUAUAUCGGUAAAGUCAAUAUGAAAUUAAUCGAAAAGUUAGUCGCCGAUACUGUACGGACAACUAGUUAUAAGGUUGAAGAGGAUUUAUCGAACCAGGAAGGCUAUAUUGAUAGGAAAAUGGAGCGAAUCAAUAUGACAUUGUAUCGAGUUAGUUACAGACAACUGACCAAUAUAAGAAAUCCCAAAAUAAUUUAUUCGAAUUAUCGGAAAUUAUUCAAUCGUACUUUAGCAAGACUUUACAAAGAACAGAUUGAACGAAGUUAUGAUAUUGAAGAAAUUCGAAAUUAUCUCAAUGGUUCCGUGCGUGAUGACUUAACUGAAGAAUAUCAACGGUCGGCAUUGAAAACCGCUAUGCAAUGUUUAACUGGCGAAGCGGGUGCGAAUAAUGUCCCAGCAGAUUUUUGUGAUAGACAGUUGACUCAACAACGAUCUGUUAAUUGGGCCGUUUUACCCGAUAAGCCAUCACCAAUCGACGGAAGUAUUCGACCAUUUGCAGUCAUUAUUACCAUUCGAGGUGCUCUUAAUCGUACUGAUUAUGAUUCAUACAAUAGUUACUAUUUGCAAGUGAAAAGCUUCUUUGAUCCGUAUAUAAAAGAACAUGCGCCUGAACAUUUGAAACACGCUUGGUUCUCUUCGCCGGGUUUUGCAUUCUACGGUAUUCAACGUGAAUUGCUGGUGGGCUCUUUUUCGUCAUUGAUAGCAUCGUUGGCUAUCGCUCUAUUAGUCUUAUUCUUAACGUCUGGCAAUUUGUUUAUUGCAUUGUAUGCUUUGCUGACCAUUAGUUUCGCUAUAGCUGAUGGCGUUGCAGUGUUCGUUCUUCUAAAAUGGGAAUUGGGUAUUGUAGAAGCGAUUAUUGUGAUCAUGGCUGUUGGUUUAUCUGUUGACUUUGUUGUUCAUUUCGGUGUUGGAUAUAUUCAUACGAACAUGACGGAUAUUCAAAAUGAGAGAAAGAAGAUUCGUCAUCGUUAUACACCGUCAACGUUAGAAUCGAAUCAACCAGAAAUCGGUCCGUAUCAUUUGCUAUACAAGGAGCAACAAGCUGAGCGAGAAACACGUGUGACAGAAUCAGCGUCACGCGUUGGAUCAGCAGUUUUUAUGGCUGCAUUCACCACAUUUGCUGCAGGAUUUUCGAUGACAUUAUCAUCACUCAGUUCUUUCCAACGAAUGGGACAAUUUCUCAUGACUAUCAUGUCUACAUCGUGGCUAUUUGCGACAUUCUUCUUUCUGCCUUUAUGUGCGAUUAUUGGACCAGUAGGCACCUGUGGAUCGAUUCCAUUUGCACGGAUAAAGACCUGCUUUCAACGAUGUCGAAGUUCUAAUGAACCAUUAGAUAAGAUUUAA